UGGAAAAAAGAAAAAAGAAGAAGACUGAGUGACGAGUCAACGAACUGAGCAACGAGUCACCCAACUCUGCUUGCAACACUCCAUAUAUUUGGCACACAUACAUCUUCAAGAAACGGGUUGAUUGAUUUUCUUCAAACGAGGCGAUCAAUUGUACUUCGAGUUUGUGAUCUCGUGAAUCUAAAUCCAUAUCCAUCUAUAGAAAACACCAAAAGAAGGGAAGAAAAUGUCGAAACCCUCGUCAUCAAGAUUUGUUUACAGAUAUCUUCAUCUGACUGCAUUUAAACCCACGUCAGAUAACCCAUCAACCGUCCAAAUUCUCACGUUUCGUGCACGGCUAAUUUCUGCAAGAACCCAUCUCUCUUCACUGCCCAAUAUGAAGAGAAUUUUCGACAGUCUAUACCCAGAUGCCAAAUUUUCUCCAAGCAGAGAUUUUGAUGGGUUCAGAUGCUUUUCGCUAAAGAAUGAAAUGGGUUCCGAGAAUUUGGCAAAAGAUGCCCUGAAAAAUCCAGUAGUGGCGGUUAAGGACAAUUUUUUGUGGUACAAAGAAGCCUUCUGGAAGAGAAAAUUAUCUGGUGUUGCUGGGUCCAUGUGCUCUUUCAUCACGUUUGCUUAUGAUAUGUAAUUACUGGGAUGAAGAGCAUGACAUGCGGGAAGACGAGGUCGAUGCUGAAAAGGAACUUCAAAAUACAGAAUGAAUUUCCUCAAUUGACCCCUCUCAUUUGUGGUAUUUGAUUUUGUGUUGUUCUUUGCAACGAAAGGUUAGGUUCUUGAUCUUCGAAAGAAGAUGUAUUUGAUGCGCGGCACAUUUUAUUUUGUUAAAGUUAUCUUUGCGCAAGAUUCGUGCAAUUCUGAACGCAAGGCUGAUGCCUUUUUAAAACUUUUGUGCACAACUUUUCUAUAUGCCCAACAUUUGAAUGCCAAAUACGUGGCUUGAUGGUAACAACUUGUGAUAUUAGCAUUAUUCUUACUUUAAUACUAAAGUAAUAUUUUGUGACCC